UUACAUACAAUAGCAUUACAGACUUAUCUUUGGACAUCUGUUGAAAUUGCGAAGUGGGAACCCACAGGGAGAACGAUCAACGAACCAGGGAAGCAAAUCGAGGGUUUUGGAUGGUUUCGGCAACAUGGGUAUCGCCGAAUCACUCACGUAGAUUUGGUGUCCGUCGAUGGAAGUUGUGACUAAACACUUGAACCAGCUUAAAAAUUGCGUUUCUGAAUGUACCCAUAUCGAGAAAUGGCGAUGACGAAGGGAGCCAUGGGGCAGGUGGUGAUGGUGGCGAUGCUGUCGAUGUGUUUGGUGCCUGUCUCGUUUCUUGUCAACCGCAUCGUUCCGGAGGUUUACAUGGACGAAAUGUUUCAUAUACCACAAGCACAGGAGUAUUGUAAAGGCGACUUUCACAAAUGGGAUCCCAUGAUCACUACCUUCCCUGGCUUGUAUCUUUUGUCUCUUGUCUACGUAGGGAUGGUUCUACCUGCAGCCAAAUUCCUCCAUGUCACCCCUUCGCUGUUAGAACUUUGUAACCCAGCUGUUUUGAGAUCCGUCAAUCUGGCGCUUUUACUCUUGUGCUCUUUAUUAUUUUUCAAUAUUAUACGGCAUUUGGAGCCAAAGAGGAGUGAGAGGAAGGCUCUUGCAAAGGCGUUUUUGCUGUCACUUUACCCUCUACAUUGGUUCUUUGCGUUCUUGUAUUACACAGAUGUGGGAUCAACGACUGCAGUUAUGGCUAUGUACCUGGCGGGACUAAAACGGGCUUAUUGGAUCAGUUCGCUGUUAGCUGCGAUUGCCGUCAUGUUUCGGCAGACGAAUGUUGUGUGGGUCAUUUUCGUUGUUUGUGCUGGAAUUUUGGACAUGCUUAGCUCUCCGAUGAACUCGAGCACCGAUGUUCGGAAGGAGUUGACGGACAUUCCAUCCAUUGAUAGAACCCUUCGGAUUCUCGCUACGGAUUUAGAGGAUUUGAAAGGAGUCCGUAGAAGGCGAGCAGCUCAAAACUCAUCAUUGAGUUUUAUCAGCCCAGAUACUGAAGUGAAACAGAAAGGUCCUCGCAAGUUUGAAUCUCGAGCAGGUCUUGUUUGGGAGGUGCACGCGCUUGUAAAACUGGCGUGGGCCGAAAGGACAAUGAUUCUUCAAAACUUUAGUCCACUAAUCGCGGUGAUUUUGGCCUUCUUUGCAUUUGUGCUUCAUAACGGAGGCAUUGUUGUUGGGGCAAAGGAUGCACACAAAGUUUCACCUCAUUUCGCUCAGAUUUGCUACUUCGGGCUAGUAACAGCAGCUGCCUUGGCCCCUGUUCAUUUCUGGCCUCAUCGUAUUUAUGAUGCUGCUCGUCAACUUCAUAAGCGACACGUUUGGGUGUUCGCAUUGGGAGGCUGUACUUUGGCUUUUCUGUUUGUUCAUUACUUCAGUUUUGCGCAUCCAUAUCUGCUAGCAGACAAUCGACAUUAUACUUUCUAUUUGUGGAAGAAGGUGAUUUGUGCGCACUGGAGCGCUAAAUACUGCUUGAUACCAUUGUAUGUCUACUCAUGGUGGUCCAUAUACAACUGUCUACAGAACUACAAGAGCAAGCUUUGGAUCUUGGUGCUGUUUGUGGGCAUCGUAGGAGUGCUUGUACCAACUCCACUUAUUGAAUUCCGUUACUACACAAUCCCUAUGUAUCUCAUCGCCCUGCAUUGUAGAAUGGAACAGGAUCACGAAGACCUUGAGAGUCUGCUAGUAGCCUUGAUUUAUACGGCGGUCAAUGUGUCUACCAUGUACCUGUUCUUGUAUCGUCCAUUUCAAUGGGCACAUGAACCGGGUGUGCAACGAUUCAUGUGGUGACAACUGAGGUUCAAACUUAUUAUGAUACAAUACAAGAUUCACAGCUUCCAUGCAAGAGGAGUAAUGAAGAUGUCUGAUGAUUAAAGCUCAUCCAACGCACCCAUUCUGUUGCUUCUCCGUAAUGUAGAACCAAAACACUUACACAUGGAAUGCUGUUCAGGAAUGGAAUACGGAAAUUCGGUGGAUGUCUCCAAGAGAAUGUCUACAUAUGUAAGAUGUAGCUUGAUUCUUUGAAAUAUGACGUUGUAGCACUGUAUUCCUCUUGCAAGCAAUGAAAGUUUCAACCUUCACAUCA